UGGCUGUAAUUACGAGACUCCACCACCCUCCAUCGUUUAUACCACCACCACCCCCCACCACCUCCCACCCACCCACAUCGCUCUCGAUCCGAUCGCAGCAACAUCCGUUCGAUCCGUCGACGACGACGACGACGACCGCCGUUUGGUGAUCCUCCUCCUCCUCCCCUGACGCCGCAUUCUCCAAUUAGUCUCCGACCACGCGUGGAGACGCGCGGGAUUCGUCCGCGGCCAUGAUCUGUCCGCAACGCGGGAGCCGCAUUUCUCGAGCUCGCGGUGCUCGUCGGUGACUUUGAUCGCCAUUUUAUUGUUUUCGAGGUCUUGACAUUGUUGCUGGCUUCCUCUUGACGGAAGUUGGUUGCGAGAUUCGGUCUUGGAACCGGAAUAUUGUCGCCAUUCGCGUCAGCUUUCCUUUGCGUCUUCUUAGAAUGGACGACUUAUCUGCGAUCAGCGAGGAGCUCGCGGAACUCGACGGACAGAUCUCCGACAUUCUUCGAGCUCUAGCAAAUGGAUUCCAGAAAUUGGAUAAGAUCAAGGAUGCCAACCGGCAGAGUAGACAAUUGGAAGAGCUUACAGAUAAAAUGCGCGAGUGUAAGAGGCUCAUUAAGGAGUUUGACAGAGAACUAAAGGAUCUUGAGGGCAGAAAUGAUGCAGAAACCAGCAGAAUGCUCAAUGAGAAAAAGCAGUCAAUGAUAAAAGAGCUUAAUUCAUUCGUAGCCCAAAAGAAGAGAUACACAACAAAUCUCGAGAACAAACGAGUUGAUCUCUUUGAUGGGCCCGGUGAAGGAAUUGGUGAAGAUAAUGGUUUGCUCGCUUCAUCCAUGACAAAUCAACAGCUAAUGGAUCAUGGAAACCAGAUGAUGGAUGAGACAGAUCAAGCCAUUGAGAGGUCCAAGAAGACUGUCCAAGAUACUAUCAAUGUUGGAACAGACACUGCAGCAGCUCUCAAGGCUCAGACUGAGCAAAUGAGCAGGAUUGUAAAUGAACUGGAUUCCAUUCAUUUUUCAAUCAAGAAAGCAUCUCAGCUGGUCAAGGAAAUUGGUAGGCAGGUUGCAACUGACAGGUGUAUUAUGGUGUUGCUUGUCCUCGUAGUCAUUGGUGUAAUAGCCAUCAUAAUUGUGAAACUUGUACACCCAAAUAACAAGGACAUUCGUGAUAUUCCGGGGUUGGCACCUCCUGCUCCUACUCGGAAACUACUUUGGCACCUAAACGAAGACAGAUGGUGACUGUCGUGGUAGAUCUCGUCAUCUUCCCAGUUGUUUGAUGGCUGCGAUGCUGCGGGCAUCCCUCCCUCAUCCCGCCUGCUGAAUUCACGAGCAAAUUUCUCUGGCAUUUCCCUUGGAAUAUCUCGGCUUUUCUGGCUUUUCUUUUUAAUUAAAGUUUUGAUCCCCAAAAGAAUGAGAGAUCCAUUAAGGUGACGGAGAUCUGUACUUGUAAUUUUUCAGACCCUCCUCCCCUCAAGAUAGAAGUCUCUGGGUCGCUACAUCAGCUUUCUUCGGCAUGUUCAUUUGAACCAACAUUGUCCAGAGAGUUUGCUGCUUUCCUCUCUUUCUGCCCAGUAUAUCAAUUAUCAUGAUGUAACUAUGUAUUCGUGUUUCUGAAACGGCCAAUUUUACAAUUACUUCUCA